GCCCCCGUACAACAGUUACGCUUAAAUGUCAGAUUGUGUCGAAUUAGGUUACAUUUAUAUGUGCUUGUCAUGGCCAUGGGUUUGUAAAUAGCAAGGGAAGUGUGAAAGUCGCUUGUUGAAUUGACUCGACCAGAUGUUCUGUGGGAAAUCUACACAACAGGAAACGAGUGCUAAUGUAGGAUAAUUAUUUGCCAUUACAUACAGUGUCGUCGUUUCAGACCCAGAGAGUCAGGAGACGUCGUAGCGGUGGAUGGCCAAAGUUCUGGCUAAGAUGGCCCACCUGACCUACUUUAAUGGAAGAGGACGGGGCGAGGUAAUCCGAAUGAUGCUGGCAGCUGCUAAAAUACCGUUUACGGAAACAUUCUUAACAGAGCGGCAGCCUUUUGAGAAACUGAUACAAGAUGGCCUCUUGCCGUUUAAACAAGUACCAUUAUUGAAGAUUGAUGACAUGGAAUUAGUCCAGACUGGAGCCAUCGUCCGCUACGUGGCGAAAAAAGGCGGGAUGUACGGAGCAGACGACAAAGAGGCAGCUAUGAUCGACAUGUACUACGAGGCGUCACGUGAUUUCUACUACAAUUUUCUACCGGUGCUCUUUAUGAAAACGGAAGAACAAGCCGUAAAGGACGCAAAAGCGGCGGGGGAGGACAAAUAUUUCCCAGCCCUAGAAAAGAGAUUGAAGGAAACCGGAAGUGGCUACCUAGUGGGGACCUCUUUAACAAUGGCGGACGUCGGCUUCCUGGAGGUGCUCCUGCUGUGUGUGGAGUUUGGGGGCGACGAUUUCCUUGAUGACCACAGUGAUGUAAAGCAAUAUUACCAAAGACUAGUCGCCACACCACUGAUGGCAGAAUUCCUGAAAAGUCCUUUCAGAAAGAGAAAGAACGAUGAACAGUACAUAAAGGAAGUUAAACGGGUGUUAAACAGGGAGUAGUGAUAAGUCAUCAACCAUUACUGUCAUUGAUAAAUCACUGUCAACAGAGAGGCAAUAGUAGCAUACCGUGAUAUUACAAGUCCAUUGUAUACACGAUUAUUGAAGAAAUCGUUGUCAGUUGAAUCUGUAAGCAGCUUUAUAUGUGGUUUCUUGUAUGAGAAUUCUACAUGUACUGGAAUGAUUAUGCAUUAUUUUUAUAUUUAAAAUAUGAAUGAUCAAUGUUUAAUAUUUUGGUCGAAAAUCUACGAAUUAUAUCGUCUCUUGUUUGUAAGAUUGAUUUAUUUUUUGUCAUUUUCGCUUUAAAAUUCAUCGAAUUUAAAAGUGUUAUGUGUACAAGAUUGAGUUAAUGUACGAGUAAAUUUCUCUUAAUUUUGUUUUUGUUUGAUGUCGAAUAAUCAUGGUGUAAUUUCAAAUGCGUAUACCUAUUAGGUAUUAGUAUAACAUACAAUAAUAUAAAACAUACAAGAUAAAUUUGUAUUGACCAAUCUACAUCUAAAUUACAUGUAUACUGACAUGAACAGCUAAAACUUUAAAGUUAAUGACCACAUGUAUACUGAUAAGUCCAAAUUAAAAUUCAAUCAAUUCCUAUAUUUUUCAAAAUAAAGCUUUUGAUUGGACCUUUUUUUACGUACGUGCGUUUAAAACGCAAACUUUAAAGGCAACAGUGCUGUUUAUAAAUAUCGGAGGUCGUAAGGGAUACCAAACUUUAAAAAAAAAAUGCUGGAUUGUAGCUUUUAGGUAUGUUAUAAAUUCUUUGCAAAAAAAAAAAUAAAUAGGUUACUCACUUCU